UUAUUUCAGUGUUUACUAAUUAUGUUAUGUCUGUCUGUCGAACAAUGGCGAUGUUCAACAAAUUUGGUAGAAACUUUUGGACAUAAUACCAAUUUAAGGUAUUACACGUAAAAAUGUUAAUAAUAAUAGUUUUACUAAAAGGUUACAAUUAUUGAGGUUGACUUUUCACUGCGCCCGACUUUCAAUCCUUUCCUUGCCUGAGUGCUGCCUUGUUUGUUUGACUGUUGUCUGUCAAUAUUGACAUUGCAGGGGAUGAAAUAUGACAUUUUCAUUUUUUCUUCUGUUGUGUUGAUACUUGAUAAUUUCCAAACAAAUAAUAAAGUACCAAUAAAUUAUUCAGUAAGUAAAUGAGAAAUAAGAAAUUAGUCACGGUUUCGCUAAAGAAUCAAAUAUGGAUUUACAAGAAUUAGCUGUACUGCAUCAGUUUUGAUUAUGUCUGCACGAAAUUAUUUAUCGGCACGAGAGAAAAACAUAAGUAAACUAAUCGAUUGUUUGCCAAAUAUUAAUCAACAGAAGUUUGGUUACCGUUCUGGACAAGAACUGCCGCCUUUGUCAGCGAACACUAGUAAUUUCGUGAAUCGAAAUUUGAAUUACUCUUUUGAAGUCCAGCCGUAUAUGGUGAAUAGUUUGGAGAGAGCCGGAACACCGUUUUCUGACUUUUUCUCGGAGAGUGAGACAGGAACACCAGAUUUCCAUAGCGAGGAGAGUGAUAGUAGUUCCGGCUCAGCUUUGCGUAGGAGUACAGCAGAAGCAACUAAAACCCUAGCGGCAGAGUGGGAACGGAUUGAGAGGACUCUUUACAAUGAAGAUGGAGAGAAAACCACUAGGCCACAGAUUAUUGAUGAAUGCAAACAAUGGAGGCAGCUGCAUCCUCAGCUCAGAAUCGUCGGUAAAGCGAUACAAUUACCUGAUAAACGAUUAUCGUACAGACAAAUUGAACAUGAUGAGGUCAUUGCGAUGCAUUACAGCGACUACGAAGAGUUUAGCGAGAGCGAGGAGCGGCUGUCACAGAGUAGCACUGACGUCACACCGCAGAACUCGCCCAGAGUUUCCAUCGCUGAAGACUUAUGUGAACAGAAAUUAUCGAGAGAAAAGGUCUCCUUCUACCCGCUGUAUAAUGACGACACAGAUCUACCCGACUCGUUCUGCUCUCUCCUCCAAAUUACGCCGAUACAAAUUCAUAGUCCGUCAUACCGGAAACGACAGAACCCAUCGAUUUUGCGAUCGGAAAUAGCAUCGUCCAGGUGGAUGCGGAACCCCAGACCAGACUCGUCUAUAAAUUGUGAUAGAAACAGUGCUAAGUCUUUUGUUUCCUUAGACACUAGAAAUUAUGGGAAUACGGCUUUGAGUGCAUCAGAACGUAACGCGCUAAUGAAUAAUAGAGUUGUUACUGCCCGCCACAGAGAUUUGGCUAGAUUAGAACCUAUAUGCACACCAGAGAUACCUCAAAAUGAUGUUUCGAGAACAGUGAAUGGUAUUUCGCCUCAUUACAACAUUAGGAAAGUUUCUUUGCCGCCACUCUUAUUAGAGGAAGAGAAGAAAAAAGUUACUAUUGGUUCAGCUAAGAAGCACUACGUUAAAACUAGGAGAGCCGUUUCGAAGACUUUAUUUCAGUUGGAUAGAGGGAAACAUAAUUGACAGGUAUGUGGUAUGUCGAUAAAGAAAUGUGAUCUCUAUUCUUACUAGAAUCCUCAAAACAAGGUUAUGAUUAUUGGUGUUAUGUUGAUAGCAAUGUAAAGCACCAUGGCGGCUUUAGAAUUCUGUGAUUCAACUAAAGAGAAACCUGGAUUAAGACAGCGUGUACUUAUGAUGUUCCCAAAUUCUUUGGGGUCGGAUGGGACGAUCCAAAUUCUGAAAACUAAAAUACGUGUUUGUGAUGUUUAUCGACUGUGCUUUGUAAUGAUUACUUAUUAAUAAAGUCCAGUCAACAUUGACGUGUAGACACUUGUCAACUAUUGAUCUUUUCACACCAAAACUUUACCCUUACUUUUGACCUUGCCUUGUCGAAGUUAGUAUAUUAGUAGUAUUUUUGAUACUUAAAAUCAUGUUUGUUUGUCAUAACUUUUGAAAUUGUUUAAUUAGAAUUUUUGAUCACCACCUUCAUGAUUUAAAUUAUCACAUACGUAGCUUUACAGAUUAUUACAAAAGUAUUUUGAAGAGAUGACAGUAGUGCUAAAAAUGGAGAUAAUUUGUUUUUGUAAAAUUUUUAUGGAGUAGUAUACGGAAAACCAUUUAAUGUAAUUAGAGUAUUUUCUAUCUGAUGUAGAAUCUAUCCUUUGAAAAACUAUUAACACUUUUGGUAGUUACUUGGAUUGGCAAUAAAACAUGUUCUGUACACAGAGUGUGUUUUUUCCUAUCUUUAAUAUUAAAUUAUAUGGCACUAAUUGUAAAGCCACGUGUAGAUAAAGCUAUUGUAAAUAAUAUAGUAGAAUAUUUUUGUAAAAUAAUCUCAUUCAUGACAGGUAACAAACUCGUUCUUAGAUUGAGGCAAUAUUGAAACACUUUUCUAAGCACUAGAAAAUGCGAACCAACUUUAUCUUAGUAUUAAAAAAAGGCUUUAGAGGAGUUCUUUAGUAGAAACAUAUCAGUACGAACUAUGUAUGAAGUACUUGCUUUAAUCUGUUUUUAAUUCAAGUCAGAAAUUUGACCAGUGCUGAUGUCAAACGGCAAAAUAAUGAAACUGUAUUUAACUAGUGAUUGUUUCGAGUACGUUUUUUUAAACCUUUUUUUUGCUUUCAUAGUUAACACUUUAAGCAGCAGUAGUAUUUAUGAUGCAAUGGGUAACAUGAAAGGGCAAAAAGUGCUCCUUUUUGCCCUUUCAUGUUCACACUUGAAAUGUCAAAUCACUGACUCGAAUGAAAAUGGAGUGAACAAUUUAGUAUGCUUUUUGGUUGUACUAAAGAACUCUUCUCAAAACUAACAUAAUUAAAAACCAUCCAUUACGAUUCAUUGCGGUCUAGUCUUUAUACUUUUAGGUAUACCAAAUGAAUUUGUGAUUAAAUGUUGUGUUUUGUAGCACGAUUUUUCGAAUGUAAAUAGGUACAUGUUUAGUUGUUUGUUUCAGUUGAGAUUUGAAUGCUAUGACACUAUGAAUAUAUUUUGUAUUAAAAGUA